AUGGAGAACAAGAAAAGGACGCCGAAUUUCUCCAAAUUCGAAGUUGACAUACUUUUGGAGUUGGUUGCCUCCAAUUCAAGUAUAUUAGAGUGUAAAACAACGGAUGGCUGCACAGUUAGAGAAAAACUGGGUGUAUGGGAAAAUAUAGCAACACAAUUUAAUUCAACUCCAGGUGUAACAAAAAAAAGGCCUGAAUGGCUUAAAACAUGUUAUGAGAAUUUGAAGAGGAGGUUGCGGAAGGAUAUGGCUGAAGAGAAGGUUCAAGUCUAUAAAACAGGAGGAGGGAAGGCAGUACCAGUAUCUAAAAAGAGUCCACACGAGGCAAAACUACUGGAAAUAGUUGGUUCAUGA